ACAGCGCUAGUGAACUAAUAAAAAUGGAACGCUUGCAUAGCACACUAUAAUGACGUCAUGCUGGCAGUACUGCCAGUAAGUUAUGGAACGCAGCCUUGAAUUUGACGAACGUUGAUGUAAAGAAAUGGAGUGCGAUGGAGAGGGAGAGGAAUGUACGGAGCGGCGCGACGCGGCGACACGAGUAAACAACUGCGAAUCAGCUGAUGAGGCACAACAUAACACAAGCCAGUCAGAGGGUGAGGAGGGCUUGUCGUUUACCCGUUACUGUUGCUACUCGCUACCACUGCUGCUGCUGCUGCUGCUGCUACUGUUGCUGUUGCUGUUGCUGUUGCUGUCGCUGUUGCCGCUGUUGCUGUCGUUGAUUAUGGCGACGAGUAGCUCUGACGGCUCUUGCACCGCGCCCGCGGACUUUCAGCUUUCAUCUGAACUGGAGGACGCGUCGAGUCGCUUGAGCAUGAACUUGCUCAAGUGCCCAUUGUGCCAUAACAGCCGUCGAAUUUUUUACUGCCGCCAGUGUGUCCAGAACGGGGAUUUUAUACAUUCGAACACCGUUUACUCGGAACGGUUUGCAGACAAACAGACACGGCUCGGACGAUUGAAGGCUGCUAGAGCACAAUUAGAGGAGAAGUGCACGAAAGCUCUCGAGAGGCACAAGCAAAGAGACAAGCUGAUUUGUGAUAUAAACACUUGUAAAGAAAGAGUAAGACUACUUCAAUCUUUAGUAAAUGAAACAAGACAGAGCAUCAAUAGAGGUAAUGAACGUUUAAAUGUUUUGAAAGACGUCAACUCUCAGUUGACUCUGCGAGUACCACGGCAUGAGGAUAGAAUAGAAAAAUUACAUCGUUAUGUUAAUGGUCUAAAAGUUAAACAGGAAAAGCAGAAGGAAGCCGUGGAAAGAAAACGGGAGCAACUAAAGAAAGUUAUUAAAACUGCUGCUAAGCAAUUAAUUCAGUAUAUUUUUCCGUUAUCUAAGAUCCAGCCAAAUAGAAGCUUAUGCAACGAGGACAGCGACAGUGCCACUUCAGACAUCCUUACUAGUGCAUUAGCAGAUGCAUCAGGUACGUCAUAUGUUCGAGGUAGAUGGAUCAGUGAAAAAGAAAGUUCUUUAGAAAUCCAUCACUGUAUAGUUGAACCAACGUUGCCAGCAACGGGAGAUUACAGCGCUUACUCUCUUUGGGUUGCAGCAAAUAAAGAUGGAGUACCAGGUGCGAACAAAGAAAAUGCAAUGCACAAUCCGGCGUAUAAUAUUAGUGCUGCUUUGACAUAUGCUACACAACUGGUUAAUGUUCUUGCCUAUUAUGUUAAUGUAAAAUUACCAUACAAACUUACCUGUGGAGAGUUUUGCGGGAAUGAAUUGUCGGACCAAAAAUUUGCUAGGAAAGUAGCAAGGCUAAAUAGUAAUGUAUUACAUUUGUGUUUUACACAAAAUACAAAAAUAGAUGUUUUACAUCCCAUGCAUACAUUGCAAAACUUGAUACAUUUACUCAAUACUGAAAUUAGUGACCUCGGAAGAAUUGGACCAAUGGAAGUUGAUCCAUCUAUAAUAGCACAACUUCAUAAUCAAUUAGUUCCUGAUUUGGAAAACAGCGAUGAUUCAGCUUCCGAUGAAGAAGACUUGUGUUGGGGUUGGGAGGCUGUAAGUCACACUUCUGUACCAAGUAUCGCUUGUCCUGAAAUGGCAGUACCUGUCUCUGGAGCGAUGAUUAGUCAGCAGUCUUCUAGUAUGCAAGUGCAUCAGAGUGUCGCUGGUGGCUUGGUAACAAGUGCAGCAGCCAGUAUCGCAUCGAUUUGGCGAGGUUGGACUAAUAAAUAA